CGCCAAUCCACGGACCUUGGCUUAUGCGUUCCAUGCGAUUGCGUAAUUGCAUAUGGCGGAUUGUGAAAUAUUAGUUCACGGGUCCGUGUUGUACAGUGUUGUAAUUCAUUGUAGUUCUUCAAGAAAGUGAAAAGUGAGAAAAUAUGGAAGAACCAUUGUUCGAAUUCCCAGUCUUCUUUGAAGAAACGCAGAGCGUCAUCACAUUAUUUCUUACUCAGGAAGUAAUGAAUAAAGUUCAAACAGAUGAAAACUUGCUGCAAUCGCUCGUGAACGAAGAAAUCGCUAAGAAUAAUUCUUCUUCUACUUCUUCAAGAAUCAGUCAGACUUCAACGUCUUCUGAAAAUCUUGAUUCCGACGAAAACUGUUUGACUACUAAUAAAGGAUUUAUAUGGCCCGAUGCUGCGGUAUAUUUACUAUUAGAGUUGUAUCGGGAGAAAGAACUUGACUUCAGUUCAGGGUUCAAAAGAAGUACUACUAUUUGGGCUGAGAUAGCAGAAAAAAUGAAAGAAAAUUCAAAUGGAAAGUAUGCUGUGAUGGAUUCAAUUUUUGGAAAGAAGGCUUUUGUGAUGCCAUCUGCAAUUGCAUCGAGCGAAGGUCCACUUAAGCCAAUAAAUGUGGAGAACUCGGCAGUGGCCGAGUCAGAAUCACUCUCAUUGCCUUCUAAUCAAUGCAAAAAGCGGAGAGUUGAGACUCUCCUCGAGUCUUUUAUUGGUGAUAUAAAAGAAAAUAGAGAAAUAGCAAUGGCCAAAAAGGAAAAAGAAAGGAAAGAACGUGAAAAGUUAAAAGAACAGCGGUAUGCUGAACGUAAAGAAGAACAAAAGAAGAUUCACGAAGAUAAAAUGGAGGUCCAAAAAUCAUUGAUCGAAAUCAUGAAAGCUUUAGUUGAAAAACAAAAAUGAUUUUGAUGCCUUUAUAUUUAUAUAAUAAGGUCCGGCACACAAUAGAGACAUAUUAGAUUUUAGAAAUAGGAAUUAGAAUUUUAAAAUCAGUUUCAUCAAUAAACACUAUAAAUCAAUAAUAAAUUAUGUUGUAUUUUGUACAUUUAUAUCUUACAUGUUAUUCGUAUUUAUUAUGCGUUACGAUUAAUGUUUAUUGAGGAAACUAAUUUUAAAAUUUAAUUCUUGUUCUUAAUAUCUAAUAUUCCUUUAUUGUGCGCAGGACUUAACUCAAAAUAUUGUUGAUAUUAUUACUUCCGCAUUGAUAUUAUAGCGUUACUUUGGCGGUGUGCCUUAUAUUUUAUUUUCUGUGUGAUAACUAGUUUGUAACAAGUCUGUGAUCUAUUGAUCUGAAGAUCUAACUUUAUUAAUACUAUCAUACACAUUUAAAUUAAUGAAGUUUUACUUUUUACGGAGAUUUAAAAAAUUGUAAUUGACUAUUAAGCAAUACAUACAAGUGAUAAUAAUGCAGUAUUAAUUAGUAAAAACUUGUAAUAUUUGUAGUUAUAUACAUUUGUAGAAAAAGUAAUUUGGAAAUGAAUGAUAUUGUCUUAUAUGUAUGUAUAAGUGUUAUUGAAUAUUUUAAACAUUCAUAUUAAAAUAAUAUUCAGUUUAAGUAUUAUUUUUAGUUUCAGUAAGAACUUUAUAAAUGGAGUAAGAUUUUAUGUUCUAACUGCCAAGUAAAAAAUUGGUGUUUAUUUAUAAUUUUAUACUUACAUUUUAUAAUAAUUUCAAUAUGCGAAUUAUAAUUUUAUACCAAAGAUGUAUGUAUGAAUUCACAAUAAAAUAAUAAAUAAGCAAAAGCAA